UCUCUGCGCACACUUCAAAGCUUUCUUGGGGGGAAAAAAGCGCACUUCUCAAACUGGGUUUUAACCGAUUUGGGGUUUUAACCGAGCUACAUAUUUUUCCCCCUCAAUCAAAAUGCCUGACUCCGACUAUAAUUAUAAUCAUCUGCCACACUUUUCCCUCUCUGGCCCUGAAACUCUCCAUCCAUUUUGCGGUUAAUCGCCUGCGGCAACGCGGCAUCCAAACUAAUCAUGGCGAUUAAAAUCGGCUUUGCUGCGGGAGAGGAGGAAGAGGAGAAGGGGGAGGAAGAAGAAGAAGAAAAAGAAGAAGGGGGGGAGGAGGGCAAAAACGGGCAGGUCGUAGGCAGACAGGCACGCAGGGGAAAAACCAGCAGUGUCUUUAAGCCAUUUAGCGUUCAUAUAUACAAAUAUACAGAAGGAGGGGGAAAGGUCUGUUCUGCGUUCAGCCUGCGCUGAUCGCUCGCCAGGAGUUUUUUUUCCCUUCUUCUUUCCCUCUGGUAUUUUUUUCUUUCAUGCCGAGCUGAGAGACAUGAGCUAAUUGUAUCCUGCACUUUUUUUUCCCUUUUUUUUAUUUUAUUUUUUUUUUUUUUUUUUUUUUUUUGCCUGGAGGGGUUUCAGAGCCCCGGAGCGACUCUCCCUCCGUAUUAGUGCUCCGUGUUUCUCCGCCACGCUGCUGCAUUUCUCACCGGCGCGGCGCGGGCAGAGGAGGCACCAGCGCGCGGGGCCGAAAACACGCAAAAACGGAGGGAAGACGCGGGUGCAAAAAGAAAAACUUUCUUUCCCCAUGUUUCAGGAUAAUCGCUCCAGCAUGUCCAGGCCGAUGAUCACCAGGUCUCCAGCGUCUCCUCUCAGUAAUCAGGGCAUCCCGACGCCAGCGCAACUCACCAAGUCCAACGCGCCUGUGCACAUCGACGUAGGCGGCCACAUGUACACCAGCAGCCUCGCCACACUCACCAAGUACCCCGAGUCCAGAAUUGGCCGUCUUUUUGAUGGCACGGAGCCCAUUGUUCUGGACAGCCUGAAACAGCACUACUUCAUCGACAGGGACGGUCACAUGUUCCGCUACAUCCUCAACUUCCUCAGGACGUCCAAGCUCCUCAUCCCUGACGACUUCAAAGACUUCAGUCUGCUGUAUGAGGAGGCGCGGUAUUUCCAGCUGCAGCCGAUGCUGGCAGAACUGGAGCGCUGGCGUCACGAGCGGGAGCUCAACCGAAUCUCGUGUCCAUGCGAGUGUGUGGUGGUGCGCGUGGCGCCUGACCUGGGGGAGCGCAUCACGCUGAGCGGAGACAAGGCCCUCAUCGAGGACAUCUUCCCAGAGAUCGGAGACGUCAUGUGUAACUCGGUGAACGCCGGCUGGAACCACGACUCCACACACGUCAUCCGCUUCCCACUAAACGGCUACUGCCAUCUCAACUCUGUUCAGGUCCUGGAGCGACUACAGCAGCGCGGCUUCGAGAUCGUGGGCUCGUGCGGGGGCGGAGUCGACUCAUCCCAGUUCAGUGAGUACGUCCUGCGGCGAGAGCUCCGGAGAUCUCAGCGAGGACUCCAGACUAACAGGAUAAAACAAGAACAGCUGGACUAGAACCCAAGCCUAGUAACUGCUUCACAGACUUCCAAAAAAAAAAAAAAAAAAAAGGAAAGAAAAAAGAAGAGAGAGCAGAGAUUUCAGCAGUUGCUGAACUCUUUGGGACACUUGAAAUGAUUUGAUUUUUUUUUUUUUUUUUUUUUUUUUUUAAGGGAACUUUUUUUUGGUGAAGAUUUGACAUAUAUGACCUUUGAUGACCUUUGAGACUGUCCAAAUGA